GAUUUCGGCGCCCGCCGUGGGCUGAGGCCUGCGCCGCGAUGGCCGAGAUGGGCAGCAAGGGGGUGACGGCGGGGAAGAUCGCUAGCAACGUGCAGAAGAAGCUCACCCGCGCGCAGGAGAAGGUCUUGCAGAAGCUGGGGAAGGCAGAUGAGACCAAGGAUGAGCAGUUUGAACAGUGCGUCCAGAACUUCAACAAGCAGCUGACCGAGGGUACCCGGCUGCAGAAGGAUCUCCGGACCUACCUGGCGUCUGUCAAAGCCAUGCAUGAGGCCUCCAAGAAGCUGAAUGAGUGUCUGCAGGAGGUGUACGAACCCGACUGGCCCGGCAGGGACGAGGCCAGUAAGAUCGCCGAGAACAACGACCUGCUAUGGAUGGAUUACCACCAGAAGCUGGUGGACCAGGCGCUGCUGACCAUGGACACGUACCUGGGUCAGUUCCCUGACAUCAAGUCACGUAUCGCCAAGCGGGGGCGCAAGCUGGUGGACUAUGACAGCGCCCGGCACCACUACGAGUCCCUUCAGACGGCCAAGAAGAAGGAUGAGGCCAAGAUUGCCAAGCCUGUCUCGCUGCUUGAGAAGGCCGCCCCCCAGUGGUGCCAAGGCAAACUGCAGGCUCACCUCGUAGCCCAAACUAACCUGCUCCGAAAUCAGGCCGAAGAGGAGCUGGUCAAAGCACAGAAGGUGUUUGAGGAGAUGAAUGUGGACCUGCAGGAGGAGCUGCCCUCGCUGUGGAACAGCCGCGUGGGAUUCUACGUCAACACGUUUCAGAGUAUCGCUGGCCUGGAGGAGAACUUCCACAAAGAGAUGAGUAAGCUCAACCAGAACCUCAACGACGUGCUGGUCAGCCUGGAGAAGCAGCAAGGCAGCAGCACCUUCACGGUCAAGGCCCAGCCCAGCGACAACACCCCUGCCAAGGGGAAUAAGAGUCCAUCGCCUCCCCCAGACGGCUCCCCUGCUGCCACCCCGGACAUCACGGUCAACCACGAGCCAGAGCCAGCCGGCGGGGCCGCCCCCGGGGCCACCCUCCCCAAGUCCCCGUCUCAGCUCCGGAAAGGCCCACCUGUCCCCCCGCCUCCCAAACACACCCCGUCCAAGGAGAUCAAGCAGGAGCAGAUCCUCAGCCUGUUUGAGGACACGUUUGUCCCCGAGAUCAGCGUGACCACCCCUUCCCAGUUUGAGGCCCCAGGCCCUUUCACGGAGCAGGCCAGCCUGCUGGACCUGGACUUCGACCCCCUCCCGCCCGUGGCCAGCCCUGUGAAGGCGCCCACACCCUCUGGUCAGUCAAUCCCGUGGGACCUCUGGGAGCCCACUGAGAGUCCAGCGGGCAGCUUGCCUUCCAGGGAGCCCAGUGCUGCCGAGGGUACAUUUGCUGUGGCCUGGCCCAGCCAAACAUCUGAGCCUGGGCCCGUUCAACCAGCAGAGGCCUCGGAGGUGGAGGGGGGGACCCAGCCUGCGGCCGGAGCCCAGGAGCCUGGGGAGACGGCAGCAAGCGAAGCAGCCUCCACCUCCCUUCCCGCUGUGGUAGUGGAGACCUUCUCAGCGACCGUGAACGGCACCGUGGAGGGCAGCAGCACAGCUGGGCGCCUGGACCUGCCCCCAGGCUUCAUGUUCAAGGUACAGGCACAGCAUGACUACACAGCCACUGACACCGACGAGCUGCAGCUGAAGGCGGGCGACGUGGUGCUGGUGAUUCCUUUCCCGAACCCGGAGGAACAGGAUGAAGGCUGGCUCAUGGGCGUGAAGGAGAGUGACUGGAACCAGCACAAGGAGCUGGAAAAGUGCCGGGGCGUGUUCCCCGAGAAUUUCACAGAGCGGGUGCAGUGAGCGCGACCCCGGACGAUGUGUGUUCCUUUUUCCUUGUUUUCUG